AUGGAGCCCACUGCUGGUGAAUUACAGCUUGUGCCCAGGACGACAAAAGAAGUCCCUGCGUGCUUCCGAGUGGCCCUCUCUGCAGUGGUGGCCACCAGCAUCGUCAUCCUCACCCUGGCAGUCCUUGUGGCCUCCCUCUCUACACAGGGCGUCGAUGUGGAGCACACGGCCGAGCUGCACGGAAUCCGGUACGCCCGCAGCCUGCAGCAGGCGGCCUCGGACUACUACUGCGCGCUGACGCCCACCCUGGAAACGCUGCUCCACUUUCUGCUACUAGUCCUGCAGUCACUGGACCUGGGCCUGGAGCAGGAGCUGUUGCAGCAGGGACUCCGAGAGAGGCUACAGGGCCACGGCAUCCCCCUGGCUGCCCAUGGCACCAUUGUGUCUGCCGAGCUCACAGGCAACCAGAAGGGGCCACUGACAGAAAGAGACUUGAAAUCAGGUCACUGUCCAGGGCAUGCCUUCUCCUGCAGGAACAGCCAGUGUGUGACCAAAGUGAACCCGGAGUGUGAUGACAAAGUGGACUGCUCCGACGGAUCUGAUGAGGCCCACUGUGACUGCGGUUUGCAGCCCGGCUGGAGGACAGCUGGCAGGAUUGUGGGCGGCGUAGAAGCUUCCCCGGGGGAGUUCCCUUGGCAAGUCAGCCUCCGAGAAAACAAUGAGCACUUCUGUGGGGCCACCGUCAUCGGGGCCAGGUGGCUGGUGUCUGCUGCCCACUGCUUCAACGAGUUCCAAAACCCCACGGAGUGGGUGGCCUAUGCUGGCACAACCCAGCUCAGCGGCUCGGAGGCCAGCACGGUGAAGGCCCGCGUGGCGCAGAUCAUCACGCACCCCUCCUAUAACCCCGACACAGCCGACUUCGACGUGGCGGUGCUGCAGCUGGGCAGCCCCCUGCCCUUCAGCAGGCACGUCCAGCCCGUGUGCCUGCCGGCCGCCACGCACGUCUUCCCGCCCAGGAGGAAGUGCCUGAUCUCGGGCUGGGGCUACCUCAAGGAGGACUUCCUGAUCAAGCCGGAGAUGCUGCAGAAAGCCACCGUGGAGCUGCUGGACCAGGCCUUAUGUGCCAGCCUGUACGGCAGCUCACUCACGGACCGGAUGGUGUGUGCCGGCUACCUGGAUGGCAAGGUGGAUUCUUGCCAGGGUGACUCAGGAGGCCCCCUGGUCUGCGAGGAGCCCUCUGGAAGGUUCUUCUUGGCCGGCAUCGUGAGCUGGGGCAUUGGUUGUGCCGAAGCCCGGCGUCCCGGGGUCUAUGCCCGAGUGACCAGGCUGCGAGACUGGAUCCUGGAGGCAAUUGCCAUGGCAAGCAAGCCUCCGGUUCCCACGGUGGCUCCUGCCCCCGCCACCCCCAGCACUGCCUGGCCCACCAGCCCCAACAGCGGGGUGGUCAACACCCCCACCAAACCCACAGUGGCCCCCAGCUCUGCACCUCUUGACUCAGUGACCGCCUCUAAGCCACAAGAGUGCGGCGCCAGACCAGCCAUGGAGAAGCCCACCCGGAUCGUGGGCGGGUUCGGAGCCGCCGCUGGGGAGGUGCCCUGGCAGGUCAGCCUCAAGGAGGGUUCCAGGCACUUCUGUGGAGCGACUGUGGUGGGGGACCGCUGGCUGCUAUCUGCGGCCCACUGCUUCAACCACACGAAGGUGGAGCUGGUGCAGGCCCACCUGGGUACUGUCUCUCUCAUGGGCAUCGGCGGGAGCCCGGUGAAGAUGGGGCUCAAAAGGACGGUGCUGCACCCCCAGUACAACCCCAGCAUCCUGGACUUCGACGUGGCCAUCCUGGAGCUGUCAGGGCCCCUGGUCUUCAACAAGUACAUCCAGCCUGUCUGCCUGCCCCUGGCCAUCCAGAAGUUCCCUGCGGGCCGGAAGUGCAUGAUCUCCGGAUGGGGUAACACGCAGGAGGGCAACGCAACGAAGCCAGACACUCUGCAGCGAGCGUCCGUGGGCAUCAUAGACCAGAAGGCGUGCAGCGCCCUCUACAACUUCUCACUCACAGACAGGAUGCUCUGUGCCGGCUUCCUGGAGGGCAAGGUCGACUCCUGCCAGGGUGACUCUGGGGGGCCCCUGGCCUGUGAGGAGACCCCUGGUGUGUUUUAUCUGGCAGGAAUUGUCAGCUGGGGGAUUGGCUGUGCUCAGGCUAAGAAACCCGGCGUGUAUGCUCGAAUCACCAGUCUGAAAGGCUGGAUCUUGGACAUCAUGUCCUCCCACCCCCUCCCCACACCUGCCUCCUCCACCAUGAGGAUGCCUGCCACCACCAUUCACAUCCCCAGGACAAUGGCUGGCCUCACAGUCCUGGGGGUAACAGCCAGCAGACCCACCCUCUGGACCACCAGCAGGACAAACAGCCAACCUGCCAACAGGACUGCCACCGCCAUGAGCACAACUACUAGGGGACAGACACCACUUCCAAAUGCCUCAAGGACCACCAAGGACUCCAAGCUACCAGACUGUGGCCUAGCACCUGUGGCAGCGCUGACCAGGAUCGUGGGCGGCAGCGCCGCAGGCCUUGGGGAGUGGCCAUGGCAGGUGAGCCUGUGGCUGCGGCGCCGGGAGCACCGAUGCGGGGCCGUGCUGGUGGCUGAGAGGUGGCUGCUGUCUGCUGCACACUGCUUUGACGUCUAUGGAGAUCCCAAGCAGUGGGUGGCCUUCCUGGGCACACCAUACCUGAAUGGCGCUGAUGGGCAGCUGGAGCGUGUGGCACGCAUCUACAAGCACCCCUUCUACAACCUCUACACACUCGACUAUGACGUGGCACUGCUGGAGUUGGUGGGGCCUGUGCACCGAAGCCGCCUGGUACGGCCCAUCUGCCUGCCUGAGCCUGCACCCCGGCCCCCUGAUGGGGCGCGCUGUGUAAUCACCGGCUGGGGCUCGGUGCGUGAGGGAGGCUCCAUGGCACGGCAACUGCAGAAGGCAGCUGUGCGCCUCCUCAGUGAGCAGGCCUGCCGCCGCUACUACCCAGUGCAGAUCAGCAGCCGCAUGCUGUGUGCCGGCUUCCCACAGGGUGGGGUGGACAGUUGUUCGGGUGAUGCUGGGGGACCCCUGGCCUGCAGGGAGCCUUCUGGCCGGUGGGUGCUAACUGGGGUCACCAGCUGGGGCUACGGCUGUGGGCGGCCCCACUUCCCAGGUGUCUAUACCCGAGUGACUGCUGUGAGAGGCUGGAUCAUGCAGAACAUCCAGGAGUGACCACCCCAUGGCUGUCCAGGCCUGGGAGGAGAGAUGUGAAGGCAGUAGGAACCAGCCAGCCACCAGCCUGAGAAGGGGAGUCCAGUCCAGGUGGUGGGCAGGGGGGUGCUGCCGGUAGUGGAGUACAGUUUUACUGUAUAUUUUGUUCCAAUAAAAAGCCCCUUGAUCCCUAGCUUACUGGCUCAGCACUUCCACAUCAAAGGAAGAACCACUUGCCUGCCCAUGACCCAGGGCCCAGAGAUGGGAUGAAGGAUGGGGGCUGGGGGUCAGCCUCAUCUUCAAGGCUCCUUUUUGUGUGAAUACAUUCCCUCUCAUCAAGGGAACCCAGUAGCAAGCAUGGAAGGGGUGAAUCGGGGGGAGGGGAGGGCAGAAACAGGCUCAGUCUGG